GUGUCUGAAGAGAUUGGGAGUAGCGGAGCAACCUUUUAUCGAACAGCAACAACUCGACAGUCACCGAAAUGAGGAAAGUCGAGUUCAGCCUCCCGUCGAUCGCUGGCAAAGCAACAUCGCUCUUCCAACCGCGCAAAGAUGCCUCGCCCAUGUUCAAUCGCCCGCUCGACAGCGCAUGUCCGCAUCAUAGGAUAGCCCGAAUCCUCUACGCCACCUUUCUCACUCUCUUGAUAUUAAUCUCGAUACCUGUUGUCGCGCUCAAGGCAAUGACAUACAGCUUCAUUGAAGACAACCGCAUGAUGGGCUUCAUGUUCGAAACUACGGAAAGAGACGGGAGAGAGAGCAUAUCGGUAGUAAUGGCCGCUUUACCGCGCAUGCUAUACCAUGCGCCGGCGAAGCUCGCGCUGGUCGCAGCCGUCAUCAGUAUCUUCCUAGGAGCAGCGCAUCUAGGCUUCGUAGGUGUAGACUGGAAGAACGGCAAGCGUACGCAAACUUACGCGUUCCGCCGCAACAUCAUGUUCCUCCACAUCACGAAUAGUAUCCUCGUCCUAUUCGCCCUCGUCUCCAUCUAUGUCACACAUAAAUCGACUUCCCACUUCCGCGAUGGCUACGUCAACCUCCGCGCGUCGCGCAUGGCAGACACUUCAAGCGAGAAUUUCUUCCGCUACAACAUUGGCACCUUUGACCUCGAAACAUGGUCAUGCGAGCUGAAAAACGUCCAAGGCGCGACCAUGGUAGCAGAAGACUACGGAAAGCAGUGCAAGAUCGAAGUCGCUGGGCGGGCGGUUAUGAUCCCGUUUGUUAUUUUCGCCUGGCUGGUAGCUGGGAUAGGGAUCUGGGGUCUUGUUGGUGGGGGCAGGAGGGGACCUGAUGGGGAGCGGAUCAAGACUGAAGAGGUGGGGUUGGAGAUGGGCAAGAUGAACGCUACGGAUGAAUAGAGCUCUUUUUCUCUCUCCCUUCACCCCUCUCGUCUCCUUUAUUUAUAGUAAUGUUUCUGUCGCUCUCUCAACGCCUUUCAUGGUAAUACUGUCCUUUUUCUUUUUCUCCUAUGCUUUGUAGAGCAGAUGAUAUCCCCACGUCCUACCGCGACCACUUUCGUUACCUAAUACGCUGUAUACACUACGAUGAUAGACUUGCUUGGCUGGCCGAGAGUUUAGCAUUCGGCGCGCAUGGGAUCAAACUAUGCGAUCAAGAAGACGUUGCCAAGUGCUGGGACGUCGUGGUUGUGUUUCUUAGUUAGAGGGAAUGAAUGAAUGCC